GGCUGCUCUGGGCACCGGCACGGCAGGCUCAGGCUCCUGCAGCCCUUCCGCAGCCCCGCCGCAGCAGGAGCCUGCCUGGCUCCCCUGUGUGCCGCACAGGGUGGGAGCAGCCGGGCGGGAAGGGCUGAGCUGGGCCGGGAGAGCAGUGGGUUCUUCACCUGGCACUGCCUGGGAGAGGGCGCUGCCCGCACCCAGUCCCUGUGCCAAGGGCGCUGUGGCAGAGCACAGCGCUGCCCUGGCAUGACCCUCCAGCUGAGCACUCGCUGUCACCUCCUGCAGUGGCGGAAGAGGGGCCACGGUGUGACUCAAGCCCCCGCCCUGGGUUUGCCCUGUACCUCUCCCUGGGAGUCACCCGGUGCUUGUCACCGCCCGGCCCUGCUCCCCCCGCCCGCCCCAGGCAGCAGCCGGCCCUGCCCUCCUGCCCACGCACCUGUGCUCGCAGCGGCGUGAGGCAGCAGCAGAGCUGCCAUGGAAGCCAGCACUUCCCUCUGGCACAGCUACCUGGGGGUGAUCGUGUCCCGCGAGAGGCAGCGCGUGGAGCACUUCCAGCGGGCCGAGGACAUCCUGCUCACCCUGCUGGAGAGCGUGCACGCCAGGGAUCCCCGCUUCCUCGUGGACUACGCCCGGAACCUGGAAGCCUUCGAGUUUGCUCUCUGUGCCUCUGAGGACGCUGUCACCCUGGAGGUGCCCCUGCGCAUUGACGGCGAUACCCUGCGUGUGCUGGCGUGCCCGAGCAGGGACAGCCCGGGCCCGCAUCCUUCAGAGCUCAGCACCUGCUGCCUGCAAGUGCUCUCUCCAGGGACUGACGUGGAGGACUGGACUGGUGUUGUGGACGUGAUGGAGCACGGAGGGGGUGCGGGGUGCCUGCUUCCAGGCAAAAUCCUCCAGCACCUGAAAGAGCUCCUUGUUUCAGCCAUCGUGCACUGCCAACGCCUCUUCCUGCUCCAGCCAGGUGACAUCAGCGCUGAGAACCUGCGGGAAGAUGCCAUGGAGCUCUCCCUGCUGAUCCGCGGCAGCUGGAAGACCAUUCGCUUUGACAUCGUUCCUGUGCUGAGGAGGCAGCAGGAGCCGCUGCAGCUCCGGAGGCGGCAGGGCGGCAGGGGCUUCCCCGAAGGCAGCCUCAGGAGGGCCACAGAGCAGGCUCACUUUGUCCCUGCCUCUCCCCACUGCUGGAGAUCCUCCAGCCACCUUCCCCUCCUGAAGCUGCUCCGAGGAGUGGACACCCUGAAGGGGCCCCGUCUGGACAGCCUUCGCCUGCUGGACCAGCUCCAUGACCAGGACUGGGGAGGGCAGGCUGGCAAGGGCACUCUCACUUUCCAGCACCUCAAGAUGGUGUUGCUGUGGAGCACGGAGCUCUUCCCCUCCCCGGAGGACUGGCAGGACCUGGAGGGCUCUGUCUACAGGCUCUUGGUGGUCCUUCUCCGCUGCCUGGCCACCCAGCACCUGCCCCACUUCCUGAACCCAGAGGAAAACCUCUUCCAAGGAGCUGCCCCAGACCUUGCCUCCCUCUACCAUAAAGUGGAGAGCUUUGCCUGGGACCCCCAGCGCUUCCUCCGCUUCCAUUUUGGCCUCCACGGGUUCAGUGGCAGCUGCCAGGCAGACAAGGAGACCCGAGCCCUGCUGCAGCUCCCCAAGGAUGGGUCCUGCUGGGACACAGCCUACUUUGACAUGCUGCUCAACCAGUUUCAGGUGUACCGGAUCCAGGACAGCGCGCGCCGCUCUGCAGCGUCCCAGCUCCUCUCCAGGAUCCGCCAAGAAAUCCCUCAGCAGAGCUGAGAGCCCCCUGCUGCUGCCCCUCUGGGGUGUCUCUAAACUCU